AUGUCGCUAAGCCGCGACAACAUGUUGGACCUUACACAAAAACCGAAAGGGUCAGUAGGGGCGGAGCACCCUGCUGAUCCAGCAACGUCAAGAGAAUUUGCAGGACUCUUGACGAAGACUGCUUCCAACACACAGUCGCUGCGUGUUACUGCCCCUAGUGAUGAGGAGUCCCUCAUCACUUCGAAGAUCGAAGUGACAAGUGGAAUGUCACGUCGCGCCCUAGUGGACUGUGGGGCGUCGAACAGUUUCAUUCGACGCCAGUCUCUAGAAGAUAGUAGACUCAACUAUGCUGAGCGAGAGUUCCCUCCAGCGAUGAUGAUGGUGUGCCUUUGUACAGGCACAUCCGUAACAGUGAACAAACGUGUAGUUGGAAUCCACUACACGCUAGGAAAGCAGUACGAUAAUGACUUUAUCGUACUGGAUUUGGAUAACAAAUUUGAUGUCAUCCUCGGUCUGCCAUGGCUUAGAAAGUACCGGCCAUGGGCUAUCUGGCAGCAUCGAUCCGUGAAGAUGCCUGCCGUUUGUUCAUCGGAUGGCUAUCUGAUGAACGUCUUGGAGCGUCCAAAAGUGUGUGGAUGUACUACGAGUGAGUGCGAUGGCCUCACUUUUGGUACGGUCGUUAUUACGAUUGCACAAGAUCACAGUGUAGAAGGCCACUACACUGUGGAACCAGCUUCCGGCACCUGUGUAGAGGCACAGGCUGCGCCGAAGGUUCACCACUCGAAGAGAUCGAGUGGACUGGAACACGGAUGCGCACCAAGAAGGGUGCAUCUGAGAAGAGAGAUGAAUGUUGUUCAGGAUGGACAACACGUUGAAGCGAGAUCGACUAUCAGAGAGUCGAUCGUAGAGCAAGCCCGCUCGUCUGAAAGAGAGUGGAUUGAAGAGGACGUGACCGUGAUAGUACCCAUAACGGAAGCCCCAGCGUUCCUGAGAGAAAGCACCGAUACAGCGAAUGUCUUGGUGAAUGACGGAUCAAGUGUAGGCGCUUGUACACUUGAUCUGGUUACGCCCCCGAAGUCAGCUUCGGAGGUAGUCAAGUUGCCAACGCUAGAAUCUAAAAGGUUCUUGCGAGAUCUGCGUGAUGACAAGAUCAAGCAGAUCUGCGUACUUGUCACAGAGGACGAGUACGCCGCCGAUAUUCGGUCGGCACAAGUGUUUGCUGAGCAUGAAAGGGGUCUCAGUAGCUCAUCGAUGGACGAGAGUGUCCUCGAUGAGAAGACUCGGAUUGAGCGAUACACGUCUCAAUCUUGGGAUUCGUUAAAGACAAAACUUUUGUAUGAGAAUUUGGUUGAAUUCAGGGAUGUUUUCCCGGAAUUCGUGACAUGCGAGUUGCCCAAGGACAAAGGCACUCGGCAUGAGAUUAAACUGAAACCCGGUUCGAAGUCUAUGUCAUGA